CGGUUGCUUCAUCAUCACCCAAUCAUCUUUUUCUAAUAUCAUCUUCUUAUUCCACAACCUUCUUUUUCUCUACCACCAGAAAAUCAAAUGAAGCAUAACAUGAUCACUGAACCGGCCACCACCGCCACCACCGCCACCCGUAAAGUCGCUAAACCGGCGGUUUACUUUCUCAUCCUCCUCUUGUCUUAUUACCUCGGCUAUUUAUCAGCCCUUAUCAAAAAUCCAUCAUAUGACCACCCCACCACCACCAAAGUCAACCCACCACCACAAGCCGUCGAUGUUGACCACUACCAAUUCCAAACUCAGUGUGCCGAACCGAUUCCACCUGAACUCGUUCGCCAAACAAUCCUAACCCGAAUCUUCAACGGGUCAUCCCCGUACAACGGUUUCCCUCAACCGCAUAUCGAACCGUUCUUACGACAAAAAAGAAUCAAAGGUUGGGGGUCAACCGGGCUCGUGUUCAAGAACCUUAUACAAAAAGUUAAACCCAAAACGAUAAUAGAAAUAGGCACCUUUUUAGGUGCCUCGGCCAUCCACAUGGCCGAGUUGACUAGUCAACUCGGCCUACAGACGCAGAUUCUGUGCCUUGACGAUUUUCGAGGCUGGCCUGGGUUACCGGGCCAGUUUCGAGACAUUAAGAUGAUAAAUGGUGACACAAUGUUGUUGUACCAAUUUAUGCAAAAUGUGGUUCAUGUCAAUGCAACGGAAAGUAUUAUAUUUUUACCAUUUUCGACCGGGUCAACUCUUGAGAGGUUAUGUGAGUGGGGCGUGUUGGCGGACUUGAUUGAAGUUGAUGCGGGCCAUGAUUUUCACUCGGCUUGGUCGGAUAUCAAUCGGGCCUAUAAGUUAUUGCGGCCCGGUGGGGUUAUUUUCGGGCAUGAUUAUUUUACGGUAGCUGAUAAUAGAGGCGUUAGAAGAGCUGUAAAUAUGUUUGCCCGAGUUAACGGUCUUCGAGUCAAGGCUGAUGGUCAACAUUGGGUACUUGACUCGUUCUAAGAGGACCACUUCAUCUAUUUACCUUUUGUGUAAAUGUAUUAAGGGGUGAUUCUUGUACAUCAAGGUUUUCAAUCAACUAUCUUCUUUCAAAGCAAAA